CCAGCUCCAAUUUUUUUGUCCCUCAUAGUCAUAGCUCUCAAAGCAACCAAAAAAAACUAAAAUAUAACCCCUAUAGGCUAUAGGAUAUCAUCUUCACAAAUUAUUAAACAAGGACCACAUUAUAUAUAUAUGACUAAUAAGUAAUAAGUACUGACUAGUAAGUAAAUUAAGUGGUAACUGGUAAGUGCUCUGUUCAUUAUUGAAGUUCAUUCAUUCAUGAUUCAUGGCUGUACAACAACAACACCAACAACUUCCCACUAAUGACCACCAACUACAAGGUGAUCCAAGCAGUAUCAGCAGCGCUCGUAUGAUCAGAUCAUCAUUAUCAUCGUUAUCUAUACUAUCAUCAACCACUAGCACACUACAUUCAUCACCCAAGACCACCAUCAACGCAGCCCACUAUGCAAUGCUUCUGAACAACGACAUCAAUGGCUUGAAGGGUGUAGUCGACGAGGGCGGCAAAUUCUCUGAUCUUGUCUGGGAGUCUGAUAACAGCACCAUCCUUCAUUUGGCGGCGAGUACAGGAUCAUCAAACAUCAUUGAGUUGAUCAUUCAACAAAGUCCAGAACUUCUCCAAGUUCAAAACUUGAAUGGUGAUCUUCCUAUCCAUGUUGCUGCAAAAUCUUGUCAGCUAGACGCUGUUAAGAAAUUAGUUCUUGGUGAUAUUUCGAUGUUGGAGAGGGAAAAUCAUGAUGAUUAUAAGAACACUGCCCUUCAUAUUGCAUUAGAGAAUCAGCAAGAGGAAAUGGCUAAGUUUUUGUUCAGGAAAUGCCCUAAAACAUUUUACCAGUUGAAUAAGCAGGGGAUUUCUCCACUUUAUUUGGCGAUUAAAGCAGAAUUUUGGGAGCUUGUUAGAGACAUGCUUUCUGAAGAUGUAGUUGCAGCAUAUCCGGAUGCUGAGAAUCAAUUGUUGGAAGGGAAAUCAGUUGUUCAUGCUGCAAUUAUCGCCAAAAAGAUAGAUAUCUUGGAAAUGAUAUUGAAAGAAUAUAGUGAACUUUUAUAUAAGACGACAGAUGAAAUGGGAAGAAGACCACUAUCAUAUGCGGCUUAUAUAGGCUUCCAUGAUGGGGUUAAGUACAUCAUCGAUACAUUCAUAAACCAAGCAUUCAAAAUCGACAAUAAUGGCUUCUUUCCUAUCCAUUCGGCAUGCAGCGGAGGCAAUAUGAAAGUAGUCAAGGAGUUCUUUACAAAGUUGCCUACGAAUUCAAGGUUAUUGCUGAACAAAAAGGGCCAAAACAUCCUUCAUGUGGCAGCUGCAAGUGGGAAAGCUGAGGUUGUUAAGUAUGUUUUACGACAGCCGGAACUCGAGACGAUGAUCAACAUGAAAGAUGAAGAUGGCAACACUCCAUUGCUUUUGGGUGCCAAAGAGAAACAUCCUGAAGUGGUUUAUGUUUUAACAUGGGAUGAAAGAGUCAAGUUAACCGUCCAGAACAAGGGUGGAUGUACAGCUCUUGACAUUGCUGAGGAUUAUGGAGACGAUGUUCCUUCAUUUGACGAGCGCUUGACUUGGUUGGCUUUAAGAUAUGCGGGUGUCCCAAGAGCCCCCCAAUUGCACUACUUCAACAUAAACUAUAUUGACGCAGAAUUAACCACACAUAACCUCAGUAGUGCACCCUUACUUGUAAACAAUCACCAUAGGUCAACCACCUUUAUGGCGCAAAACCAACCACUAACCCUAGUGCAAAGCCAUUCCAAAACAAAACGAAAAAUUAAGUACAAAGAGAGAAUCAACACACUUUUAUUAGUUUCCACCCUAGUAGCCACAGUAACCUACGCUUCCGGCUCCAGCAUCCCUGGUGGCUAUAACAACGACAAGCCCGACGAAGGCAUGGCCACUCUAGCCCACAAGUGUGCCUUUCAAGUCUUUGUGAUCACCAACACCAUUGCCAUGUAUAGCGCCAUCCUUGCUGCGGUCACCCUCAUAUGGGCUCACCUUGAUGAUCUCAGGCUCGUCCUAUUAUCACUCGACUUCGCGCUUCCAUUGCUCGGUAUAUCCCUCGCCAUGAUGUCUGUAGCAUUCAUGGCGGCUUUGUAUGUGGUGCUGCACACUAUAGUUUCUUGGUUAGGUAUUAUGGUGUUAAUUAUGGGAGGGGUCUUCUUAAGUGCACUCUUUGUUUUCUUUAUUCCUCUAUAUUCACCAACGUCUUGCAUUAGGAUUAAAAUUUUGCGUUAUGUCUUUCAUGUUCCCUUCACUCUCAUGCUGUUAGCUUGUGAGAAGGGAAUAAGUGGAGUGCAUUAUUGAUAAUAUAUGGAUGUUUUAGAGGACAAAUGCUAAA